GUGUCGAAGGGAGCGGAGCCUGGCGAAGGCUCUUGUGCCACCGACGCAGCGAAGGUAGUUCCCGGUCACCGACGCGACCUUCUGCAGAGCGCCAUCGGCGAUGCGGUGGAGCUCCUGGAAUUGGCGGGCCAUGGAGAGGAAGGCUACGUCUGGCGAGGUCGACUUGGGCUGUCCGGACAGGAGGUGGCGGUGAAGUUCCGCUGCGAUCAAGAGGAAUGCCAAGGUGGAACAGUCAACCUACGAGGUCAUGCCCAGGACCUGUUGCGCGAAUGCUACGCGGGCAGCGAGGCUUUCCGCCGUGCCCCGCAGUACGUCUCGGGCUGCUUCGAGGAUCCCACUGAUGAUGCCAUGUUCAUCGUCCUGCAUCAGGUUCCUCUGAGCUUCGUGCUGGUGGAGAACAGUGUUGAUGACUUCGUGAAGGCAGACAAGGCUACGCACCACGGCUUGCUGCGCCAAUUGCUGCGAGCUGUGUGCAGAUUUUUGGACCCAGUGGAUGGCAGAUCCCUCGUUCACAAUGACUUGACAGCGGCCAACAUCAUGAGGGAUCCGAACUCCAUGCAGCUGACCAUCAUGGAUUUCAGCCAGGAGAUUGUGCUGGUCGCGUCGAUGCCUGGACCUGGAGCGCCCUCGCUUCCCGUGGCCGAGCUCUUCCGAAGCUCCCUCGAUGCAGGCCCGUUCAAGGCGGCUGCAGCGCGCAGGAUGACGAGAUUCUUCCGAAGGUAUGAGGACUAUGGUUUGGGCAAGUAUGCCCGGUAUAGGAUCUGGGAUCCAAGAAGCUUCAGUGCACAUGUCCGCGGUGAAAGUUUAGAUCGUGCAGGGGAGGGCCGAUUGCCCUUCCGGAAGAGUCUUUCGAUGGAAGUCAACGACCAUGCGGUUGCAGGUUCAACACAUGACCAGCGACGGCAUGGUGGCACCCGGCGCCUCUGGGGGGACUGCACACUCAUCAGCCUUACCAUCUUCAGCAUCAAAGCGGUGAUGACGGUCGACCGACGAAAUUGUCAGCUUUGCAGCCUGGAGAUGUAA